AUGAAGGCGACUGUUCUAGCAGGAGGCCCGUUGAAUAAGGUGGCGGUGGCAAAAGGCGAAUGGAGGAGAGAGAGAGAGAAGUUGGGGCAGGUGAAGGCCCAACUUGAAAAUUUGAAGAGGGAGAGCGUAGAUUGGAGAAGGGCUGUGCGGAGUGCGUGUGCCAGGGGGUUGGAGGAGGCGAAGAAAGCGAAAAAGAUGGAAGUAUUGGCGAUCGUGGAGGGCAAUGUUGCCGACCGUGCCCAUGCUGAGCUACUUGCGGUCAAGCUGGAGCUAGAGGACGAACGCCGCAAGGUAGUGUCGCUCGAGUUCCAGCUGGCUGGCAAGCAGAAGAAGCUGCAGGAUGCUCAAAAUGCCUGCACGGUCGCCACCGAGCGGUUUGAAGAGGCUAUGAUCAACAAUGAAGAGCUGCGCGCCCAGCAGAUCAAAGAGAAGGAUGAAGCAGAUGUGAAGAUUGCUGGGCUGCAGAAGGAGCUGGAAGAUAAGCGUGCUAGGGCAAUAGAGGGGAAGGCGAGGUUGCAGGAGGAGUUGGAAGAAGAAAAAACCAAGGCAGCCUCUGAAAGGGCAGCAUACCCCGACUUGUGCAUCGCAGCAGUAGAGCAAUUCAAGGGGCCUGCUGAAUUUCAGAUGGCCAUCAAUGCCGCGGUCGCCAGCAACUUGGCAAGGGAGAUGUUCAGGCGGAAGGCAGAAGAACUGUUCUCAGACUUGGACCUUAGCGGUGUAAGGAUUGAUGAAGACGACGUGGCCCAGACCCCUCUGGAUGAGGGCGUUGAAGAAGAAGACCUUGUUUCAAGUGAAGAAGAGUGA